GAAAAAUUAAAGCCGGGUCCGCCAUUGUUACGUUUCGUCGUUGUUAUGGCCGUGCCUGAAAAAUUCACGAACAAAUCGCAAUAAAGUGAUCCGUUAGAUACUGCUAUUCGAAGGUAUGCAACCCGAUUGAACCAUGCGGACCGGAAUGUAAAUAGUCGUUAAACAAUUAAAACCAACCGGAAAGAUGUCAGGAGGUCCGCCCCAUCAUCCGCACAAUCGACAGGUUCCCGGUACCAACAUAAACACCGUCUGGAACCACCGAUUACAAAUACCGAACUUCUUCCCGAGACACCCCCAGGUGGCUCACAUGUCGAACGAGCACUCGUUGCUGCACCAGCCCACAUGGCACACCCCGACAACGGAGGCCCUGAAAAUCCACCCGCCUCCGCAUGUGCUCAGCGAAAUGUUCAAAAACGAAUCGUUGUUUCCGAGGGACUGCGUGGAUUUGACGGUGACCCGAAACGGUAGCCAAAACGGGGAAUUACCCCCGACCCCCGUCACCCCCAUCAGCCUGAGCGUCAGGGACGCCAACAAAAUAAACAGCCUUCCCGCCAGCGCUUUGGACAUACAAGCCGUGGAGUUGACGAAAAGCACCAGCCCGGUAACGAGACCGGCCAGCCCCGGCAGGAAAACAUCCAGCCCCAGCCUCAAAUCCUCGAGUCCUGGAUUGUUGGUUCACAAUCCCAACAGUCCGGGCAUAUUCUCGCCCGGAUCUAGUUUAUCGGUUACCGCUAAGCCCCUUAGCCAGAAUUUGACCAGCAAAUCGGUGAGUCCGAUACCGAAGGCUCCGAGUCCCGGCUUAAAACCCGCCAGUCCCAAUCUAAAAUGCAUACAAGGCUUACCGUCGUCGACGACUGUGGAUCUGGUGAAAACGCAGCAGAAGCGAUCGAACGUGAGAGUCGAUUCGAUUUUGGAAAGGCUCAAUCCCCAAUCUUCGAUUCAAGUCGAGGAGAAACCCGCCCCGAAACCGGCCGAAGAGAAGCCCGAAGCGCCCCCACAGGCCGGCGCCUUCGACGAAAACAGCAAUUCGAGCAGCAUUGUAAAUACCUCGAUUUUGAAAGACGAAGACACGAUUUCGACGAACAGUAACGAAGAUAGCUUAGAUAGUACAAAGUCCAGGAGGAAACGCAAACCGUGCAAAACGAUUCGGGUGACGAAGGACGGGGAGAAAGCGGACGAUGUCGAAUCCACCGAAAAAGAUCCCAUUAGCCUAAUGGGAGAAAUGUUGGAGGAAAACAAGAAUCCCGACAAAGAGGAAUCCACGAACGAUUUGGAGGAACUGAUAUCGACGAAGAGCAGGCGUAAGACCUCAUCGGAGUCGGAGACCAUCGACGACAUAGCCGCCAUGGUGCAGGAAGGACUGAAAGAAAAAGAGCAAAAACAGAAAACCCUCGUGCGAAACAAGGAAGAGGCCACUAACGAUAACGACACCAAACCGGUUUCGAUUAGCGUGAUCAAAGUAAGAAAUCUCAACGAGCAAUCGUCCGACAAUUUACCGGAACCGAAAGCGUCCAGCACGCAUUUCGUCGAGGUGGAGAACAAAUUGGAAGAAAUGUUUGCAGGUAUCGAAGAUUCGAGUGAUCCCGUUAAAACGAACGCUUUGGCGGGCAUCGAAGACACCAAAACCGACGAUCCCCUUUCGAAAUUGGACGAUUCCAUCGCGCCCGUUACGGACGACAAGGAGAACAUCGUGCUAGCGAAGGAAACCGACGAAUUAAAAGCGGACGCCGCCGCGAAAACCGACGAUAGAAUUUCCAGUAGUACGAAGAAAACCAAACGCAAGGCCUCCGGUUCGGCGGAGUCCAAUCCGAAGAAGAAGAAGCUGGCCAAAGGGAAAGACAACCAGAAGAAGCUGCAGAAAGUGAAGCCCGGCAACAAAGCGGAUAGCGUCAAGGACGUGUACGCCUACGAUUCGGGAAGCAACACCAGCUCGACCAAGUCCAAAGGGCCGUUCGUGCAAAUCAAAGGCCCCCGGGACUCCCCGUUGUCCGUCAACAUAGUGAACAGCUCUCUCAACGACGACGACGGCGAACGGAAGCUGCCCAAAGCGAAGAAGUACCACGACGAUCUCGAGUACAGGCACAAGGUCCGUUCGAAGGGGCUGCACUCGAGCACGUUGAGCCACAAGUACGACGCCCAAACCAAGGACGCCACGUGGAUAUGCGCGUUCUGCAAGCGCGGCCCGCACGCCAGCGAAUUGUCGGGGCCCACGCACAGCACGCACGGCAACAACGCGCCGCCCGGCGAUCUGUUCGGUCCGUAUUUCAUCACCACGCAGUGUCCCGAGUUCGAACGGCGGCUCGACGAUCCCUACGAUAGACAGUUCAAAAGUCGAAAGAUAACGAAAGCGUUGGACGCGGAGACGACAUCGAUGAAAUCGAAGAAGACGAAGAGGAAACACUCGGAGAGCCUGUCGGAGCCGGAGGACGUCUACAGGGGCAUCACGGACACGGGCAACAGAACGUACGAGGUGUGGGCGCACGAGGACUGCAUCGUGUGGUCGCCGGGCACCUAUUUGAUCGGCCCCAAGAUCGUGGGAUUGGAGGAGGCCGUGUGGACGUGUUGCAAUGUGUCGUGUAAGCUGUGCCGCUUGAAGGGGGCGAACGUGUCGUGUUUGAGGCGCGGUUGUUUGAACGUUAUGCACGUGUGCUGCGCGAGAUUGAGCGACUGGUUGUUUUUGGACGGUAGUUACAAGGCGUAUUGCGCCGAGCAUAGGAUUUUGGUGCGGGACGUCGAAUCGUAAUGUACGAUUAUUCGGGGGGAUGUUCUGCACGAUACUUCCGUUUUUUUUUUGGUUCUUUAUUUAUUUACAUUGCGAUUAUUUUUUUUUUUUCGAGGAUUUUGUGUGGUAAAAGGAUUGGCUUUUUACCGUUAUUUCCAUUCGUAUUGAGUAGAAUUUUAAUUUGAUUUUGCCGAGUCGAUGCAAAAAAAUAUUAAGUACGGUUAAUUCAAAAACAAACUUUUUUUUUUAUGUAGGUGCAAGUAAUAAUGAAAUUACUUGGAUUUUGAAUUGCUACAAUUUAUUAGAUUUUCAUUUUGGACUACUUUUAUUAGGACGUGCAGGCACUAAUUCGAAAUGACUAAAAACCAAAUUGAACACUUUGUAUUUUGUACUAUUUAUAAUUUUUAAUAGAGUAAGAACGUUUAAGAAGUACGCUUAUUUUUUUGUAAAAUAUUUUGAUGGAAAUAAAAAUACUCUUUGAUUAUUGUAUACUUACGCUGUACGUUUAUUUUAUAUAAGGUAGUAGUUACCUGUUUCAAAAGAUAUGUGUAUAUCAUGUAAAUAACUAAAUUUACGAUCAGGCAGGAAAUAAAUAAACCUAAGACUUA